AUGCCAGAUAUUGAUGCAAACAAUAUAAUAUUAGGGAAUCAGAAACUACGAAAACUUAGUUUGAAAAUGCAACGCCAAAAGAGAUUACAAGUCCAAGCUAUGUCAAUUAGAUCUCCCAAAUCUUCAUCGCCGCCACCGUGGGGGGUUCUUGUUCUUCUUGCUCACCAUCUUGACCCUAAAUCUUUAGGGGUGGCUUCAUGUGUGUCCAAGUCAUGGUACUUGUCCAUGGCGUCUGACCAUAUUUGGCAACCUUUGUGUUCGAGUCAUUACCCUUCUCUUUCUAACCUUAAGAUGACACAUCCUUCUGUUUCUUACCACCGUUUGUAUGCCAUUGCAUACGUUGCUGCCAAACGCAGGGUGAGAGGUCCCUCCAUGCCUCAAUUUUCCAUGGACAGUCUCAUCUUUGAUAUCCAUAUUCUGGGCACCAAGGACAAUCAUCCUAUCGUCAAAAUAGCAAAGCUUGGUAAUGAAUUUUGUUUUGAUCAUAAUGGGGUGUUUAGAUUUGAUUUUGGAGUGAAUAAUUAUGAGUGCUUGACGUCGUCAAUGAAUGAGAUGCCAGAGGAUGUAAAAAUCACAUGGAAUGUGGUGUUGAAAGAUUGGAGUGCGGUUUUUACCAUGAUGGAUUAUGAAGGGAAAGUGAGAUAUUCUCCUGGGUCCGAAGGUUGGUUUUCGCAGGAGUUACCACCACCACGGUGUUGCUCUAGUGAUUCCACAAGUGGGAUCGUGGCAGAUUUGAAGUUGGUGUUCUAUCGUAGGAAAGAUGGUGGUGACAAAGUUAGGGUUGACAAGGUAAGUGUGGGAAUAUUGAAUGUUGUUAAUUGGAGAUACGUGAUUGUUGAGGAUGGUAUCAGGUACUUGCAACAUUUCCUAUUUCCAUGUUGA